CUAUGAUGACUGAAAAUGCUUGUAGUAAUUGCAAAAAUAAAGUCACGACCAAUGCAAGGGCAAGGCAACCGGAUUGUCAAUCAUAUCUAUGGUAUGCUGUCCUAUAAUUUUAUAAAACUAUAGUUUUGUGUCUUGUCUUCAUAUUAUGGUUGUCCUCUGACUUUCUACGACGCUAGCUCAUGGCUACUGCCCAAUAAUGCUACAUUGGGAUUCUCCCUGGUCAAACAAUUAAGGACGCUUUUAAACAAGAUGUGUAUAAGUAAUACAUCCCGAGAUAGCCAACUGGUAAGAUGUCAGUCCUUUGUCAUCUAGGCAUAUAUUUCCUUUGUCGCAUUUUACUACGAUUUUUGUGAUGUUGUAGUGCUCACAUAACCAAACCUAUCUCAUCUGAGCUCCUGCAUACACCCUUGACCAUCAGGAUGUCAGAAUACGUGGAGAACUAUGAGCUUGAGAGGCCAUCUGCUGCAGAGAUCGAGACAUUGGCCUGCGAUGAGAACGUCAUAAAGACCAUAACCAAACUACAAGCUUUUCAGUCCCAGCUCCAUGCCUCCAAAUUCAUCACAGAAUGCCACCAGUCGUUACAUCCCAUCAAGCCCAAAGUAUCCAGAAUACGAUGCCUUGCAUUGGGAUCGCCAGUGGGUAGCAAGAACGCAUUGUAUCAGCUUGCAUUCUUAGCGGAACUUGCCAGUUUCUUGGGAAUAAACGAAGUCUCGGUCUACGAUCCUGUAUUCACGAAGACUGACAUAUAUCUCCUCGAGAACCACUUGAAGUAUUCCGUGACCAAGGGUGGAUUUGGCAAAGUACAGGACCUGGAAACGUUGUACUUCAUGCCCCAUGCUCCGCUUGAAUUGACCCAGGUUUUGCUAGACUCGGAAAAACCGCUCUACUUCUUGGGCAAUGAUAUUCUUGCUCACACUGAUCGAUACACCAAGGCAAAAUUGCAUGACAAAUACGAGACAAUCAGCUUGCUUGUGCACUUGAGCGAGGAUAAGCCUAAGGAGAAGUCAGCCGACGAUUUCACUCCUGUUUCGAGAAGGAAAAAGAAGAAGAAUGUAUUUGUCGAACCGGAGAUCAAUUACGAUUACACCAACAGUUACUUGGGAAAAUUACAAAUGACAAGAUACAAGGAGAGCUUUAAGAAAGACUCAGACUGGGGAAACUCGUUCUCUGACUUGGCACUCCAUGUGAUUGAGCCAAGGUUAGAGUCUAAUAGGAAGGAUGACGUGGACGCUGAUAAGAAGGAUGAAGAGACUAAAAAGUCUACGCCAGAGCUCUAAAAUGAGUCUUUCGUAAAACAAGAUAUGACUUAAUACCACACUUAAAUAACUUCAUGCUGCAGAGAUCUGACUUUGAUAUUGUCCAAUAAUUCAUAGUAGAACCGCAUCAGGUUGCAGAACAAAGCCAAUUGUUGAGGCUUGUUUCCAGCUGUCGCCCUAUUUGACUUGAACUUACAGAAUAAAAGUUGUUACUCCAAUUAUACAUUUAAUAAUACAAACCGAAAUCAAGAUGUCUAACCAUAGAAUAUUUGUUACAUUGCCAUUUACAGUAGUCGUUGUUUUUU